UCACCGGAAGUGCGCGUGGUUCCGUUGCAGGCUUUGACAGCAGGUCCGUUUUUCACCUCUUUGCUUUCUUUAUUCCACCCUGCCUCGCUCUUUAUUUCCCUAUUUAAAACGCCUGCAGCCUGCCGUGCGCGUGUAUUUAUUUAUUUAUGCAUCUUAUUUGACAGUAUUUCGGCUUUCUGACAUUUUAGUCGCUCCUCAAAUGAGAAGACGUAAAAGAUGGAGCUUCAUAUUUUAGAGCACAGCUUGAAAGUGGCGAGUAUAGAGAAAGAGGGGAUCCAGAUUUGCACUCACGGAUUAAUAAAACUCGCUUUCUUGGCCUCCAAAACAAGAUGCAAGUUUUUCAGUUUGACAGAGACUCCAGAGGACUACACCAUAAUCGUCGAUGAGGAAGGCUUUAAAGAGCUGCCCCAGUCAGAGCACAUCAGUGUUGCUGAUGCCACAUGGUUGGCCCUUAACGUGGUGUCAGGGGGCGGCAACGCCUCCAACUCGCAACCCAUCGGAGUCACCAAAAUCGCUAAAUCGGUCAUUGCACCGCUGGCCGACCACAACAUCUCUGUAUUCAUGCUGUCAACGUAUCAGACGGACUUCAUUCUGGUUCGAGAGCGAGACCUGCCGAUGGUCAUGCACACGCUGUCUUCCGAAUUCACUUUGCUUCGGGUGGUCAAUGGAGAGACGGUUGCUGCUCACGAUCUGGGGGUCAGCAACGGCUUUGUGAAACCUAAACUUGUGCCCCGUCCCAUCAUUCAUCCCUUAUCUAGUCCCAGCAACAUGUUCUGUGUGACCAGCCUGGACCCAGACACACUGCCCUCUGUAGCCACCUUGCUCAUGGAUGUCAUGUUUUACUCUGGAGGGCCGAAGGAGCCCGGCGCAUCCAGCGAGGACUCCAACCACAUCCGCUUCUUCUCCUUCUCCCUGAUCGAGGGCUACAUCUCUCUGGUCAUGGACGAACAGACAACUCAAAGGUUUCCAAACAACGUCCUCUUCACCAGUGCUUCUGGUGAGCUUUGGAAAAUGGUUCGCAUCGGGGGACAACCUUUAGGAUUUGAUGAGUGCGGCAUCGUGGCUCAAAUAUCAGAACCCUUGGCAACAGCUGACAUUCCAGCUUACUACAUUAGUACCUUCAAGUUUGACCACGCCCUGGUUCCCGAAGAAAACAUCCAAAGUGUGAUCGGAGCUCUGCGGACCAAGAGCACGGCACAGUGAAGGAAGCCGGAGGAAAAACAAUGACCAUUUUCAAAGUCAUUUCGUUCAAACGUUUAUCAUGUCCAAAAAGUGCCAAGAGCUUAUUUAGCGGACUACUGUGGAUCGGCUCUGAAAGGAAGGGAUCUAACCACGAAGCGUGGGUGGAGUACAGGGGGGGGAGUGUGAGUGUGUGUUAGGGAUGCCUUUGUUACUCGAUCAUUUUCUUUGCCCCCACCCCUCCUUCCUUCCCCUGGCACUCGAGACCCUCCACUGCCUGCUCUGGUAGUUGUUGCUUUAGUUUACCAGACUGAAUAUGUUUCUUUUCCUCUCUAAAGCUGCUUCUUCCCACUCCCUGACCUUCAUGAGCACCAUACUGUAUUAGUUACAUAAUUCCUCUAGUGGAAGGAUGACGAAUGUACUCUCAAAAACAAAAUAUAUAAAAGCUCUCCAUAUUUUUAUUUUAUUUUCCACAGUUCAUUUCUCAGUGCCAAGAUGUUUGAAUGCCUAAACUGAUGCCUUUGUCAAAAUACUAUACAUGUGUGCAAUUGUAGGAGACAAUUCUUUGAGACUGCCAGCGAUGACGCAGCACCUGAUUGAGUUAUAUGGUGUUUUUCUGUUGUUGUUUUUUGCUUUUAGCAGCUGUUGAACAUCUUUUAAUUAGAGCAAUGAUCUGACUGUCGGAGUCCAUUGUUAUAUUCAGACGCUUGAUCUGGUGGAACAUGAAGUGAAUCCAACAUCUCGAUGAGGAGAUGAUCAUUUAAGUGUUUUAAAAAGUCACAAGCAUUCACACUGUGAGCAAACUGGUUGAUGGGUCACUGGAAAUUAGCAGAAUUCAUCGACAUAUUUAACAUAAUUUAACGGAUUCUUUGGUUCGCAAGCACAAUUUAUGUGGCAUUUAAGGCUUCAGAGUAGCUCUUGAGAAUCACAAGUUUAUAUAUUGCUAAACUGAAAUUCAGCAACAAUAACUUUGAUAUUUGGAUAAUAAUUGCAAUGGUUCCUUUUCUCAGUUUUAUACUAUAAGCUGAACACCUUUGGAUUUUUUAGUGGUCAAACUACACUAAAUAUAUUUGCCUCUGGUAGCUUAUUUUUUCGAGACAUUCAAAGUCUCCAGAGGAGGAAUCACACUGACGUUUAUGAUCCCUGACUUUUCAUGUAGCAGCACCAGCAGGUCAAAGUGGAUCACGUAUUCAAAAAUAUCUCAACAUCUACGUAUUGGCACAAAAUUUGCUGCAGACACUCCACAACAAUGUAUCCUAAUGGUUUUGACUUUUCAUGUAGCGCCAUCAUCAGGACAGAAUUUGAAUUUAUCAAUCAAAUACCUUCAAAACUAAUAAAGUCUGAUGAGCCUCAGCUCAGCUUUGUUUUUAGUAAUAAUUAGCACAUGGCUGAACAUGGUCAACAUAACCUGCUAAAGCACGUUAACAUUGUCAUGGUGAGCAUGUUUCCACCAUCAGAUCACAACAGAUUGAAUACACCUGUUGUGUAUAAAUACAGCAGAGGUCACAUUGUUCUGUCACAUAAUGAAACACCAGCUAUCACACACAAAAAAAUGUUAAUAUUGUGUAAAAAGUAUGGAGAGAAAAAAGACCAUUUAUGUUAUGCUAAUGCUUUCCUAUCGAUAGGCACGAUACAAAAUGUUGCUUACAAAAAGAGUCUAGAAUCCAUUUCUGAAUUCAGAUGCAGACAUUAGCAUUUAAAAAUCCAAUAGUUUCCAAUAGUUUCAAUUGGCAGUCGAUAAAUACCAGUUUUCAGGCAUCAAAGCUUCAUUGAGAAAUAUCUGCAGUUAAUCAAAGCUUCAACAGGUGGGAGGUGGGUGGAUGAGAGAUGAGGACAUAUGUUGGACAUAUUUGAAUCAGUAGUUUUCAGUCAAAAUUUACUACACCUAAAAUAAUUUUGUAACAUCAGCCAUAACUUUUGAAACUAUUGCAGACACUUGACUUUUUUAACAUCUUGCUGGAGUAUCUGUGAGCCUGACACAUGUGGUCAAAGUGUCCUGGACUGUUGGUGACUGAUGUAAGAUGAGAGCAAGACACAAAACUAUCACAAAGUUUAAGUGUCCUUAUCUGAGGAUAACUAAUUUUGAUUUACGUUAAUGCAUAAUGACAUGCAGCGAUUAACCUGGAAACGAUUGAAACAUUGGGAUCAACCUGUACAUACAUUUGAUUAUUACGCUUAUUUACUUUCUCUCUGAGAGUUAGAGGAGAGGAUCGUCACCAUUCUCUUCUCUGUGCGUUCCGUAAGGCACUGGAGCUACGAGGCAGUUAGCUUAGCUUAGCAUAAAGACUAGGAACAGGGGAAACAGUUAGCCUGGCUCUGUCCAAAGUUUACACGUUACCAAUUAACAUAGGUGGGGCAAAGUUACAGUUAAGUCUCAACUUUUGGCACUCAAGUCCCAAGUGAAGACUGACCUGUCCCAAGUCAAGUCCCAAGUCCCAAACUUUGAGUUUUGAGUCCUAAACAAGUCAUAUGGUGCUCUUCACCAAAUGUAAUGCCAUUUUAACAUCAGAGUAAUGAUAAAUAUUAAAUUUACAAAACUCAUGAAUGCUUUUUAAAAUUUGUAUUUGUUAAAACAACAAGAAAAUAGUACUGUCAUAGAAUACAGCACUAUUAACCAUUGUAUUUUUGUCUUGUAUUUAGCUCAUAUCAUAUUGGAAAAAUGUCCAUAAUUUCCCACAUUGGUUUGGGGGAAGGUAUCGAGUAUUUUUAAGUUAAAGUCUCAGGUCCAAGUGACGAGUCGAGGUGUAUAAGUCCAAGUUGAGGUGCAAAUCUCUUUUGAUUUUGUCAAGUUGAGUCCAAAGUCAUGAAAUUUCUGACAUGAGUCACCACCUCUGCAAAAUAACAUGCUGUAUCUUGUUUGUUUGAUUGGAAAAUAUCAGAAAUGUCAAAAAAUCAACACGUAGUUUUGUUCUCUACUGUAUAUUUGAUCGUUUUCUGGUCCCUUCCGAUGACUCAACGAUCACGUUGCUCACAGUGUGAAGCUGCAAUAAGACCUGCUAAAAAUGCAAUGAUAAAAAAUGUUUGCAUCUACAGAAGUAAUAAAUUACUGAGCCACUUUGACAAUGUACAAUAAAAAUAAUGACAUAAACAUAAGCUAUGGUUCACACAGGGAAGGAGCCCUGGUGUCCAUGUAGGUGUUGAAGCUGCCCCUCCCCUGCCCCAGUCUGCACUUUAAUGCAGGUUCCACCCCCACAGGCCUGCUGUACUGAUGUGAAAAUGGGGGAGGGCUAUUUACUGUAGAGAGAUCCUGUCCAGGAGAUUUCUGUUGGUCUUAAACAUUUGGUGAUUAUGUUUUUCUUUCUUAUUUGUUGUUUUCACGCCACCUUGCACCUAACAACAGCCUCUCUUCUGAUCAGAUGUGAUUAGUAGACACCCUGUAUUUAUCAGUGUUAAAACAGGAGGAAGGUGACAUUUCUUCUUAAUCCAUUUCAAAGAAAAAAAGUUGAAAGCUUUUCAUUUGGAGCUUCUUGUGUGGAAAAAAUAAACAAGCUUUUCUUUGUUUUUGGA